GUCUCUGUGAAAAGAAUUCCUACUUUGACAGACAUAAGGAGUGACAAAAAUCACAUUGAAAUAGUUUUUACUCUUGACAAUACUCUUUUAAAUCUGAGGAUGUCAAUUCUUGUUUUCACGAGCUUCACACCUUUGUACAGAAUAGUUAUUGCCCAAAAUGAACUUUGAAAUGAGUAGAUUGAAAAUGAGGCUGCUUUUGGAUGCAUGACCCUUGCAGAUUGUUAUUUAAAAGGGAAUCUCUCAAGCCAAGAAAGUACUGGUUAUUUCAGUGGUGAUUCAAGCAGAGAUCAAAAGACAAAGAAGAGGCCUGCACAGAGCAAACCAAGCAGAAGUGGUGAAACUUUCCCAAUAUUGAUUUACAUUGCUACAAGUCAACCAAAUGGAAUUCGCAGAGAAAAAUGAAGAGGUUCCAAAGAACCAUCACAAAUACUUUCAAAGUUUGAAAACACUGCUUCCAAUUCGUCGAAAACCAAAGAACCCCUCUCCUGUUGCAGUAGAUGAUGCUGGACUACUUUCAUUCAUCACAUUCCAAUGGCUGACACCAAUAAUGAUAAAGGCAUCUAAACAGGUACUAACUCAAGAUACAAUUCCCCCUCUCUCCAAGUUCAACUGUUCAGAUGUCAAUGCCAAAAGAUUUAUGCAUCUUUGGGAGAAGGAAGUGGAAAGAGUUGGCAGUAAAAAAGCUUCUUUGGAAAAAGUUGCUGUACGGUUUCAACGAACGAGGCUUCUCAUGAAUCUAAUAUGCACAAUUAUUUGUAUGAUAUGUGGUUUUUUGGGACCGGCAGUGCUGAUUCAUGCUAUCCUCCAAUACGUGGAAGAGAGGUCUGAAAAUCUUGUUUAUGGAAUUGGUCUGUGCUUUGCACUAUUUACAACAGAGCUCUCUAAAAUAUUGUCCUUCUCAGCAUCGUGGGCUAUCAACUAUCACACCGCUAUCCGAUUAAAAGUUGCCAUCGCCACAUCAGCUUUCACUAAGCUGGUUCAUCUUAAAAGCUUAAGCAACAGUUCCAUUGGUGAGGUUAUAAACAUCCUAUCAAAUGACAGCCAUCGAAUAUUUGAAGCUGCUUUGUUUUGUCCUCUUUCAUUUGGUACACCAGUGUUGCUGCUCAGUUGCAUAGUAUAUGCUUAUAUUUUACUUGGACCUACAUCGCUAUUGGGAAUUGUUGUUUAUAUCUUAUUAUUGCCCUUUCAGAUGUUAAUGGCACGAUUAACCAUGGCAUUUCGAAGUAAAGCCAUCAAGCAGACUGAUACUCGUGUGAGAUUAAUGAAUGAAGUAUUGACUCACAUGAAACUAAUAAAAAUGUAUGCAUGGGAAAAAUCAUUUGGACGCUCUAUAAGUGAUGUGCGGAAAAAUGAAAAGAAGAUAUUGGAAAAAGCAGGAUAUGUACAGAGUGUAAAUUCUUCACUUGUUCCAAUUGUCCCAACAUUGGCCACUGUCCUCACAUUCGUUGUGCACACACUCUUGGGGUAUGAGUUGACUGCGUCUGUGGCAUUCACUGUGAUCGCAGUUUUCAACGUAAUGAAAUUUACUUUGGCUGUGGUGCCCUAUUCAGUUAAAGGAUUCGGAGAGGCCAGAGUUUCUUUGAAGAGAAUAAGGAAAAUUUUGGUCAUGGAUCUUCCUGAAGUCUAUGUGAAAACUCAGCAAGACUCACGUUAUGCGGUGCUGAUGGAAAAUGCAUCUCUUUCAUGGAGAAAUGUAAAUGAAAGUGAAGAAAUAUCUGAACCUGUUAACAAGGUCUCAAAAAGAAAAAAUGUUGUUAAUAACAACAAAGUAAAUGAGGCCAAUGUUAAUGGUCAAGUGCCAGAAGAUAACCCUAAAACAUUAAUGACUCUUCAUAACCUUAGCUUCUCUUUGGAAAAGGGUUUGCUUUUAGGCAUUUGUGGAAAUGUAGGAAGUGGAAAAAGCUCUUUAAUAUCUGCUGUGCUAGGACUGAUGAAAUUGCAUCAUGGAACUGUAGCCGUCAAUGGAUCGCUGGCCUUUGUAUCACAACAAGCUUGGAUAUUCCAUGGGACUAUCAGAGAAAACAUUUUAUUUGGAAGGGUGUUUAAUGAGGAAAGGUACAAGAAGAUGAUUGAAGUCUGCAGUCUUGAACAGGACUUGUCCAUGCUCCCCUUUGGAGAUCUAACUGAAGUGGGAGAAAGGGGCAUCAACCUGUCCGGCGGACAGAAACAGCGAAUCAGCAUUGCUCGGGCUGUGUACUCGGAUCAAGAUAUUUACUUACUGGACGAUCCCUUGUCAGCUGUGGAUGCCCAUGUCGCGAAGCACAUCUUUGAGCAGUGUGUCAAAAAGGCACUCAGAGAGAAAACUGUCGUUCUAGUCACUCACCAGCUGCAGUAUUUGGAGCACUGUGAUGAAAUCCUUUUAUUGGAAGAUGGAAAAAUUAAGGAAAAAGGAAAGCACGAGACGCUAAUGAAAGAAAACGGACAUUAUGCCAACCUGAUCAACAAUUAUCAAAUGAACCAACCAAAUGAACCAGAAGAUAACAAAACAAUAUCAUUAAGUUCAGAGAAAGGAAACCUGGAUGGAACUUAUCUCUCCAAAAUAAGAAUGCAAGGCGUGGACAAUGCUGCAUUUGAUAUGAAUGAUGAGAAAAAUGUUGCAAUAGAAGAAAAGAUUGAGAAUGCAAAGGCAGUACAGCAAGAAGGAAAUCCUGAUAAAGUACCAAUAGCACAGCUUGUACAGGAAGAAGAAAAGCAAAUAGGCUCAGUAGCUGGGAAAACCUACAACCAUUAUAUCAUGGCAGGGGGAGGAUAUGUUUUCUUCCUAUUUGUUCUCUUCCUGUUCAUCCUUAUGAUUGGCUGUACAACUUUCAAUGCAUGGUGGCUAAGUUAUUGGAUAUCAGAGGGAUCUGGGCCUGACUGUCUUGCACAAAGGAAUAACACCACUGCAUGGGAUUGCACCAGCAUCACCAACAACCCAAACAUUGAAUUCUAUCAACUGAUCUAUGGAAUGUUCAUUGUUGGUGUAAUCAUUCUGGGCAUAAUUAAAGGAAUUUUCUUCACUAAAUUUGUUUUGAAGGCAUCUUCUACCCUACAUAAUAAUGUCUUUUAUAAGGUUUUACACUGCCCAAUGACGUUCUUUGACACUACCCCAGUUGGAAGGAUUAUUAACCGUUUCUCUAAGGACAUGGAUGAAGUGGAUGUUAGACUACCUUUUCAAGCUGAGAAUUUCAUCCAACAGGUGUUGAUAAUACUCUGCACAUUAGUAACUUUGGCAGCAGUUUUUCCAUACCUGCUCAUCGCAGUGGCAAUCAUUGCCAUAGUAUUUGUUGUAUUUUUCAGGCUUUUUCAAAAUAGUAUCAGAGAAUUGAAAAGAAUAGAAAACAUGAGUGCAUCCCCUUGGUUCUGUCAUAUCACUUCAAGUAUUCAAGGUCUGAGCACAAUACAUGCCUACAAUAAAACAAAUGAUUUUAUUGAACGAUUUAAAGACUUAGCUGAUAGAAAUUCUAGCCAUUUGUUACUGUUCCAUUGUUCCAUGCGUUGGUUUGCCGUGAGAAUCGAUUUCUUCACAGCUCUCACAACCCUCACUGUGGCUCUCUUUGUCAUCUUAAGUCCUGACUCUAUUCCUGCAUCAAAUAAGGGUCUUGCUUUAUCAUAUGCUGUUCAGCUGACGGGAUUGCUCCAAAUGUGCAUACGAAUGGGAAUUGAAACAGAAUCCAGAUUCUUAUCUGUAGAACGAAUAAUGGAAUAUAUACUGACUGGUGUUUCAGAAGGUCCACUUCCUGCUGUCGAGUCAGAUAUUCCAAAGAACUGGCCAACUUGUGGUGCAAUCACAUUUAAGAAUUAUCAGAUGAAAUACAGAGAAAAUACUCCAAUUGUUCUGAAGGGAUUGAAUAUAAAUAUAGAUCCUCGGGAAAAAAUUGGAAUUGUUGGAAGAACAGGAUCUGGGAAGUCAUCAUUGAGUGUUGCAUUGUUCAGACUGGUUGAACCAGUUACAGGAACAAUCCUAAUUGACAACGUUGAUAUUUGCACUGUUGCUCUGGAAAAUCUCCGAAGUAAACUCUCAAUCAUUCCACAAGAUCCAGUUCUGUUUGCCGGUACAGUGAGGUACAAUUUAGACCCUUUUGGGAAGUACAAAGAAGAUGCAAUUUGGGAUGCUCUUGAACAAACUUACAUGAAGGAUAUGGUAUCAAAGCUCCCAAAGAAACUGGAAUCAGAGGUGACUGAAAAUGGAGAAAAUUUCUCUGUUGGUGAGCGCCAGUUACUUUGCAUGGCACGAGCACUCCUGAGGAAUUCAAAGAUAAUAGUUCUGGAUGAAGCUACGGCCUCUAUUGAUUCAGAAACAGAUUCUUUGGUUCAGCACACCAUCAGAGAAGCAUUCAAGGACUGCACGAUACUAACAAUUGCGCAUCGAAUAAACACAGUUCUGGAAUCCAACAGAAUUCUGGUUAUGGAUAACGGAGAGGUGGUGGAAUUUGACACACCAGCCGUGCUGGUACAGAAUCAGAAUUCAGUUUUUACAUCAAUGCUGGCUGCAUCCAACAAAAUGGAAUCAUAAAUGUGCAGAGAUAAUUCAAAUUGUUGGUCCUAAUUUCUACUGAAAGACAUUUUGAUUAGAUCAGAAAAAGGCUGACUCUAAAAAUGACUGUUCUUUUGGAGCUGAAGCCAUUUAUUUGUAUAAAUCAAUCAAUGUAAUAAGCAAACACCUUAGAUAAUCUCAUGUUUCAACUAUUGUAAGGUGAAAAAAAAUAAACUGCUUCAUAGAAUUAUAAUGGUGUGGUGAACUACAUAUACCUGUCUGGACACGCCCCCCCUGCUGACUGCUCCUGUGGCUCCUCCCACUGAUCCCGGUAUAAAGGCGAUUGGAGGCACAGACCCUUCCUCAGUCUCCAGGAUGUUGUGUGAUGGUCACUUGCUGCUUGUUCUUUCUUCCAGCCAAUAAAAGCCUACCUUAA